CCCCGACGCCGCCGUACAGCGGCGCCGCCAUGUCGGGGCCGGGGCCGGGGCCGCCAUGUCGGGGCCGGGGCCGGGGCGGGCCGGGGAGGCGGACAGGACGCUGUUCGUGGGCAACCUGGAGAGCCGAGUGCGGGAGGAGAUCCUCUACGAGCUCUUCCUGCAGGCUGGACCAUUAACCAAAGUGACAAUUUGUAAGGACAAAGAAGGAAAGCCGAAGUCCUUUGGAUUUGUCUGCUUUAAGCACAAAGAAUCCGUGCCUUACGCAAUAGCUUUGCUGAAUGGAAUCCGUUUGUAUGGAAGACCAAUUAAAGUACGGUAUCGGUUUGGGAGUUCGCACUCAUCAGAACUAAACAGCCCGACACAUGGUUUCGAGAACUAUGUUGACUUAUAUUCACCUUCAUAUAGGUAUCAAGAACCUUAUGGAAAUGCUCCAUUUCCUGUUACUCCUUUUCCAAUGAACAAUAGUUUACCUCAGGAAUACUCAGUCUUUCAAAAGAUGAUGAACCACUUUUUAGCACAGCAGUAUACAGUUCACAGCCCAGUGGGUCAACAAUUUCCUUACUAUCAGAUGACUCCGCCAAUGCCUUCAAAUUUAUCCGUUCCUCCUUAUCAGAAUCAAGCUGCAAAUUUUAAGUCUGGACAGAGCUCUUUUGACUUGGCCUUGCCACAUUCAAGUGCUUGUGAAGUGUACCAGGUGGAUGAAAGCACUUCUAAAAGAAAGAGAGAACAGCAAAGCUGUGACAGUGACACUAGUACUGAAGAUGACCAAAUGAAACAAAGAGAGGGUGACCAAAAAUACAAGAAGUGCAAAGCCAAGAAAAAGAGGCAUUAAUACUGUGUAAUUGGGUUAAUUUUUUAAACUAUAUUUGCUAAUUUUAUUUAAGAGAAAUUCUCUCAUCCUUGCACUUUAUUAAAAAAGGAAUGCUCAAGAUUCAUAUUAAUUUUGAAAUGUAUUAUUCAUAAAUUAUGCUGAUAUACUUUAUCUAACCUCAACCAAGUUAAAGAAGAAAGUACUUUCUUUAAAGUAUGGGAAACAUUUAAAAAGUUUAAAUUUUCCUAUUGAAGGAAAAAAGUAGCUAGUUUUGUUUUUAUUUUCUAAGAAUUGUGAAAGGCAAUUAUUUCACUACUGUAGCAACUUUAUGAAAAUAUAUAAUUUCAGCCACUCAUAAAGCAUAUGUAUCAUUUCCAUGAUUUAUGGAAUUUAUUUUUGGGACUGGUGUGAGAACUUUCUGGAGAGGUUGAAGAACGGAACAGGCUAGAAGUUCUAAGUGUCAUACUAGAGAUGUGCUCAUCACUGUAGUAUCAACACCUGUAACUUCUACUCUUUUCUGAUUUAGCUCUGCUGUUACGUUCCAGUAGGAUCACUUUGUAUACUUAGUGGAACUAUGGUGUUUUUUCUAUUUUUCCCCACAGUAUUAAAUGUGAGAUAAAAUACAGGCAUUUGCACUAACCACAAGACUUACAUAAUGUGUCAAUACUUGAAUGUAUGUACUUUAUGGCCACAAUGUGUACUGACUAGAACUAUAUACAUAUUUAUAUAUGCAUAUUUCUACGAACUUAUUAUCUAGUGAUUUAUUUACUUAUUUUAGACUCUAUUUGUUAAUUGUAACAAAUAGAUGAAAAACCUAACCGAGUAUCUCCACUACAGUUUUAAUUGGUAAUGUAAAAGUCAACUGAGUGAAUACUGCCUAUUAAGAAGAAAAGUUCCCACCUUGUUUGCAGUGGAAGAAUAAACUCUCAUACAAUAGUGAAUCAAAAUAGUGACCUAUUUUCCAUCUUUCACAACUUUAAUUAUUCACAGCUGCCAUCAACAACCUACAGACAGAUAAAGAGGUAUUUUUCUAUAUUAGAUCAAGUACAGGUGAAACACUUAUUUUACAAGUCCAAAUAAGUUUAAGAGAUGGAAGAAAACGCAGCUUGCAACAAUUCCUAUUUUUUCUGAUGUUCAGAAUCACAGCUAAUGUAUUAAAUUUCUCAAGGAUGCCACUUCUAACUUCCUAAAGGGAUUACUUCUUGAGCUAAGGAGACUAUUGCUAUAAUAUGUAUGUAUAUAUGGCACCCUUGAAAUGUCAUUAGCAGCAAUUCAACAAUCUCUGGAAGGAAAUUAUAUAACAAAGGUUUGUGCCUUAAAUAAGAUUUAUGCCUUAUGUCUUAAGAAACUUGUUAAGCCUGCCCAAUCACCUGUACUUUUCCCUUCCACACUUCCAUAAAAACACUUGCCCCUCUAUCUUUUAUGUCCGACCAGUAGCUUUAGGGCUAAGAUAUGUAAAUGUAAUCAAUUUCUGUUGAAAUAUGUUGCUGACGUUAUACCAGUAAGUGACUGAUAGCAAAACUUGCCACUGGAUUUGUUUAAGUCCAUGUUAAAUAUAAAUACGAUCACUUAGAGGAAGAAGAUGUUGACAUCACCUUAAUUUGGAAGUGAAAUUCAUCCCAAAAAAGAGAAAACAGAGAUGCCCUGGCCAGAGUUGGACAAGAUGAAAGAGAAGCUUAGUCUAUUCUGAUAUGUCCUUACUAGACUUACUGUUGGAUAGGUAUCUAUGAUCAUCUGUUCUGUGCAAUUAUACUCUGCAAAAGGAAUGUCAGUGAUGAGCAUAUUGCAUAGGGCUAAUAAAAUACCAGUAUGAUUUGUCUAAA